UUGACCGUCGCGGUCUGGAAUCAGGACUUGCCAGUGGCAUCCGUCAAGACCAUCUCGGGGAAGUUGCCUGGCCUGGAAGCGUUGGAGGUUCGCCACCACAGAAAAAACUACUUGUACACGUUGUCCAUCUCCAUGAAUGAAAUUGAAGCUGUCGGGGAAGCCCUUUCCAGGUUCAAUUACCUUCGGCUUUCCUUCACUUGUGGCCUCCCUUUCAUUGGUACGGUCGACGACAGAAAUGAGGAUAUUGAUCAUAACACGGUAGUCACUUGGGGCGAAGCAUGUCCUACUUUGCAGUAUUGCGCAACAUACAAGAGUGUUUGGGAGAGAAUUGGCGGUGCUUGGGCUCGUUCCAGCCCAUAGAUGGUCGACAAUUAUCACAGCGACGUACACUUUUGCCUGUUUUCCCCAUGUGUACUGGACGUACUUUCAGAAAUGGUACCUAACCGUAUUUUGAUACUGAUUAUGAG